CCUCUUCUCUGCAGUGACACUGAGAUCCCAGCCGACCUUCAGCCAUGAAGAUCCUGUACCUGCUCUUUGCUGUUGUCCUUCUCCUCUUCCAAGCUACUCCAGGGUCUGGUGAAGAGGAAAGGAUCCCUUCCUGUAGGUUCCUGGGAGGUUACUGCAUAAGGCCUAGGCAGCGCUGUCCCUCAGGACGGUUUCUGAAUGGACCAUGUGGUUUCAGAGAGAGAUGCUGCAAAAGAUAGAGACCAUGCUGAGCUGCACAUGGGGGGCCUCGGAUCAUCCAAAAAGAUGUUUGCUCCCCUCUU